CAAACGGGUAGAGGGCCUCCCUCCAUGGAUGCUCACGCCGAAAGAGGAAAACGAGGUCUUUUUAAAUUGGCGAGACAAUGCCUGGAAAGCAUGCGACCAGUUUGUGCAAGACUUUGUGAAAUGCGAACAUAUGGCUGGUUACGGAGUGUGGUUCAAAUGUCGCAAGCAAUCGGCCAAGAUGAAAGAGUGCAUAAAAUCGCGCCAGAAGCAGGAAUAUGUCGACGAGGAGAGAGAUAAAUUUAUCAAAAAGAAAAUGGAAUUGUUGAAGCAACAGCGGGAGGGGCAGCGGGGAGACGAAGCACAAUGAGCAUCAGCCAAAGCUCAAGAUGCGGAAAUCUUGGGGGUAAGAAGGAGGAGUAGUGUGAUCCCAUUUGAAACCUAGUCAUAGGCCGGUCAUUGAUAAUCGUGAGGAGAUGGAGAAAAAUUGAGUUUUCCACCUUUUUUGCUGCACUGCUAGAGAAGCAAUUCUGCCCAAGCUGCAGCUUGUCAUGGCCGGCCACUGGUGUAUAUAAGGACCUGGCAACCUAGUACAUAGCCAAUAUCAUUUUUCCAAUAUGUCAUUUCUCGAUAGGUGGGUCUACAAGAACAAAACAAGACAAAACGGUGUCAACAACACGGGCACGCACUAUAAUCCAACCACCAUCACUCCUCAAGAGCAAUUCAAAUCUUAUCAAGGCCGCAGAAACUCCGACACACAGCCAAAUUUGAAAAACGUGCCAUACACCUAUUUCCACAAGGAUGAAGUGAUCAAUGUGCGUGGCGACGAUGGCCAGAUGCACGGCAUGCGGUCCACUACCGACGGCUACAUUGACGAUAAGAACCAAAAGCAUAUACUGGGCAGUCUCCAGCCGGACUCGUGGGUAGACCGAAAGGGUUCGAUCGGGUCGUCUGAUUCAGAGGAAUACCCUCUGAAUCACGACAGAGAGGUGCCUCAGAUUGAGAUCUUGACAGACUCAAACAACAUCUCGAAUCUGCCGCCUCGAGAACGGUCUUCGCUGUACGAUAUUGACGAUUCGAAUUCUUUUUCCAAGUCACGGAUCCUGCCCAAGCUCACUGUCCACACUGAUCUUCAGUCUGAAGACGAUCUUAUAAACAUUCUACACCAGCCGUCGCCCCAAAAAGGCCACUCUCGCAGCUUCGAGGUCUCCCCUUCGCCUACAAGCUCGCGUUUUCGCAACACCAGAAUUCUAGACAACGACCGCAUACCCAUUCUUUUAGACGAAGAGAUGGACUCUGAUUUCUCGGAGGGCUUGAACUUGGCUCUGGCAGAGACCAGCGACCUGUGGAUGCCUCUCAGUGAGGCGUCAGAUACCUCCUCGCUGGAAUCGGGCCUACACAUGCGAACGGGAAACUCUCAUGAUCUAGAGUCCGGAAAUGCAGAUAUCGAAAUGGCGGAUCUCAGUGGCAAGCUGGACGUGCCGGAUUCAGCCAACAUGUCGCGUUUGGACGUGACAUCCAUCCAAACAGGCAAAAGUCUGGUCCAGCCAGUGACACCUAGCUCGCAGAUAUCUUCUGUUUUCCGCAAGUUCUCGCAGCGGCUGAACGCUCGUGGAGACGAGCAGGAUGGCGAGAUCGAUCUCACCGACGAUGUUGACUUGAGCGAGCGUCGAGACUUUGUAGAUGAUGACCAUAUGCAUUGGGGUGACUACUCGGAUUAUGAGGAUGAUCUAGGGCGUUCCACCUACUCGAAGAACAGUCUUGCGGCCAACCAUUCUCUACAGACUACCGUGCUGCUUCCCGGGGAGCCAGACGACGUUUCGUCGCAAGAAACUCAAGAAAAAGAGACUCCUCGCUUAUUUGGCAAGUCGUUUGGCAUUUUUGGACCCAACUCGAAUUUCAGAAUAAGGUGUCUGCAAAUCGCGCGAAAACCGAUCUGCGACCAAAUCAUUGCGCUACUUUUGAUAUCCCAGACAGUUUUAUUGACAAUUCAGCAGUGGAAAGUCGAGGCAGGCUACGUUCACAACGGAGGGUGGACGUGGGUCGAUUAUAUUAUGUUUUUCCACUAUGUUGUGUACACGGCGGAGAUAUUAGUCAAAUCGGUGGCCUUUGGCUUUUUCGACGACUCACAGAUGUUCGAGGAGCUAAAACUGGAGAAGAAAGAGAGCUUAUUGCGCAGAUACCUGCGAAAUGCAGGCGAAAAGCUACGUCUGACACACCCCAAGGUCGCAGACCAAGACUAUGCGCAUUCCCAGCCUCUCAGAACAGUGACUGUUCAUGGAGCAGACGCAGAGCUUGCCAAGCGAACGCGAGCGUUUUUAAGGUCCGACUGGCACAAGGUGGACUUUGUUUCUGUGGUGUCGUUCUGGGUUUCGCUCUUUCUCAGCAUCCGCAAGUUAGACAUAAAGCAUCAGUGCAUGAUUUUCAGGUCACUCAUGUGUCUCAAAAUUCUGAGACUGCUCAACAUCACACACGGAACGCGGUUGAUUCUUAAAUCGCUCCGCAGAGCAGGCCGCCAAGCUUCAGAUGCCACUAUGGUUCUCUGUGUCUUUUGGGUGCUUUUCGCCAUCAUUGGAGUCCAAUCUUUCAAAUCGUCUUUGAGAAGACACUGUGUCUGGACCAACCCUAGCAACAGCACGGACAUAUAUGAGAACUCCAUGCAGUUCUGCGGAUCUUACCUGGACCCAACAACACUCAAAGAAAAGCCGUAUAUUCCCGGACACAACGAUCAGACCUUUCCUUAUGCCAAGGGAUUUACCUGUCCGGUGAACUCGAAAUGCAUCUCCGGUGAGAACCCAUACGGAAACACCAUAGGAUUCGACAACAUCUUCAUUUCGUUGCAGAUGGUGUUUGUUAUCCUGAGUGCCAACACGUUUACCGAUAUCAUGUACGAUACCAUGGACAGUGACGACAUGGCUGCUUCGCUAUACUUUAUUUUUGGCAUUUUUAUUCUAGUGGUGUGGCUGCUGAGCCUGAUUGUGGCCGUCAUCAUCAACUGCUACCGAGUCCACAUAGACGACAUGAAAACCGCACGGCAGUCACGCAAGACACGCAUUCUGGCCUGGGAGUUUGAUUUCAAGGCGCUGGGUGCUGCAUACGAGGACUACAUGGCCCACCACAAUUACCUGCGGAAAUUCUGUUCCACGCGUGCGCUCUUCAACAUUCUGGUUAUCGUGGAUCUCAUCAACAAGGCGCUGGUCUCGACAAAAUACGACGAUGAGAGCUGGAAAAGACUGAAGACCAUGGAGCUGGCAAUCACAGUGUGUCUGUUUGCAGAAACUGCCAUCAAAAUGGCACUCUUUGGCCGAAACAUCAAGGUCUACUUCUACUCUCUGAGAAAUAUAAUUGACCUUUUUCUGGCCAUCUCCACCAUGGUGAUUGCAAACUUGCGAUUGAAUCCAGAAGGAGGGCCUUACGGGUGGACGUCUGUACUAUUUAUUUUCAGGUUUUACAGGCUCGUUGUCGCUAGAGGUCUGCUCCAUAACGCCUGGAAAGCCAUUUUCUCUAACUUCAGGCCCUUCAUCGACCUUGGCAUUUUUUUCAUCCUUGUGCUCUACCUAGUGGGCAUUGUUUGUGCGCGUUUGUUUGAGGGACUCAUUCCAGUUGAUGAGUAUCUGGAGAGCGACCAGCUGAUCAUGUACAACCUGCCCAAUGUGGUGCUUUCGCUCUAUACCAUCACCACCACCGAAAACUGGACCAGUAUUUUGUAUCUUGCCCAGCAGUGCAGUAAGAACACCUUUACAAAGGUGUGUGUUGCCGUGUAUCUGAUUAGCUGGUUCAUCUUUUCCAACAUGGUUGUUCUCAACAUUUUCAUAGCCAUCAUCACUCAGAAUUUGGGCGUCAACGACACCAACAAGAAACGGAUGCAAAUCAAACAGUUCUAUCAGAAACUGGUCCGCGAACUGAACUCAAACAAGCAUGUUGGUAUUUUUGACGACUUGAGGAGCCAGUGGUUCAGAAGCUCGAGAAGGAGGGCCAUCAGCACGUCGCAGAUGAUCGAACACAUGACGCAUCUUUUAGAGCAAAGCAAUAUGACUCCUGGCGAUUUUCUGGAAGACGAGAAAGAGAGGGGAGAAAAGCAACAUAAAGGCCUAUUUUUCAGGUGUCUGAAGCUGCUGCGCAAACGGAAAACGUACGCUCGUUUGGAGAAAUACUGCACUAAUUCUCACCUUUUUGUUUGGAUCAGAGACUGGGUGAUUUCUGCCACCACCUCGAAAGUCGACUUUUCGCUUGGAUUCGACUACAGAGAGCUCGAUGUGAACCCUGGCAGGAAAAGCUCGACUCACGAGGUGUUCCGUCUUUUUGAUGAAAACAACCUCGAUCCAGACAAGGAACUCAAACAACGCGCGUAUCUCGACCAGCACGUCGAGUUCAACAGGACAUUACACUACUUUUAUCCCGAUCAUCCUCUUCGCCGGUUCUGUCAGCGGAUAGUGUCUCCUGCGUACGGAAAGAGAAUGGACGGAGUCGAUCCGUAUCCCAAAGUGCGUGAUGCUUUCUAUGUCCUGAUGUUUCUUGCGACAGUGGUGGUGGUUGUACUGGCGUGCUACGUUACACCACUGUACAGGAAAGAAAACCUUAUUUAUGAACAUCCAUGGAAUUGGGUCACCGAAGUGGAUUUAUUUUUCACCAUCUUGUUCACGCUCGAGUUCCUGAUCAAAGUGAUAGCCGACGGAUUUGUCCGCACGCCAAACGCUUACCUGAGGUCUGCGUGGGACGGCAUUGAUUUUGUGGUGCUGAUAUCGUUCUGGAUCACCGCAUUUGGAGAAAUCUACAGAGACUUCAAUCUAGUGAUCAUUGUCGGUGAAGCAAGAGCCCUGAGAGGACUCAGAUUGCUGACCAUCACCAGAAGAUCAAAAGAGUACUUCAACUAUGCAGUGAUUUCUGGAGCGCGCAAAAUGCUAGCCGCUGUCCUGAUUUCCAUGACGUUGCUGUUUCCCUUCUCUCUCUGGGGACUGCAACUUUUUGUUGGAAAGCUGGCCACUUGCUCAGAUGGCUCUUCGGACUACAACAACUGCAUUUUGGAAUACUCCAACGAAGUCUUCAAAUGGGAAGUUCUCUCGCCAAGAGUGUACACAAAUCCGUACCUGAACUUUGAUGGAUUUGCCAACUCGCUCUCAUCUCUGUUCCAGAUCAUUUCCCUCGAAGGCUGGACUGACCUGCUGCUGAACUUGAUGAACAUCACUGCUCGUGGACAACCGCAAAGCACGUUUGCCAGCCCGGGAAACGGAAUGUUUGUCAUCAUUUUCAUUUUCUGCUCCAUCGUCAUCAUCCUCAAUCUGUUCGUCUCUGUUAUCAUCAAUAACUACUCCGUCCAGACAGGAACAGCGUUUUUGAACGACAAACAGCGCGCCUGGUACGAGGUCAAACGUGUUUUGAGCCAGGUGCAUCCCUCCAAACGGAAAGACGAAUCUUCUAUGAGUGGCUUCCGCAAAGCGUAUUACCACCUCGUGGUGGACAAAAAUAAAACCUAUACUAGCAUAGUGAACGGUUUUUAUUUCAUCCAUGUGGUUGGCUUAUUGGUGGAGUUCUACCCAGCAAAUAUUGCGGAAAACAAUUUCCGCUACGCCAUCACCACUCUGUCCACCACGGGACUUGCGUGCGACACUUUGCUGACGCUCUAUGCUUUGGGUCGUAAGUUGUUUUUCAGGAACGGCUGGAACAUCUCGCGACUCGUGAUUGUGGUUGGUGCCUGUGUAAUGUCGGCGGUAGCCUUUUUCGUUUCCAGACAAUCUGUCUACGCCAACAUCAACAAGCUGUUUCUCGUGGGAGUGCUACUUUUUCUCAUUCCGAGAGUGGACACAUUCAACCAGCUGUUCAGAUACGCAUCUGCCAGUCUUCCAACGCUGCUGGCGCUGAUAUACACUUGGCUGGUCCUUUUUUUGGUCUAUGCUAUUGCUUUGAAUCAGGUUUUCGGGCUCACCAGACUGGGCGAGAACACGACAGGCAACAGGAAUUGUCGUACAGUUACAAAAGCGCUCAUUUUGCUCUUCAGAGUGAGUUUUGGCGAGGGGUGGAACUACAUCAUGGACGAUUUCAGAGUUGGUGCGCCUUACUGCUCCAGUGCAGUGAGUCGGUACAGCUCUGAUUGUGGCCAGAACGUUUCUGCAUACAUAUUAUUUUUUUCGUGGAACGUUCUGUCGAUGUACAUUUUCCUCAACAUUCUGAUUUCCGUGGUGAUCAACAGCUUCAGCUAUGUGUACAAUUCGUCCGGACCUCAUUCGCUGUUGACUAGAGAAGAGAUCCGCAAAUUCAAGAAGUCCUGGAGAGAGUUUGACCCCGAUGGGUCUGGCUUCCUCGACCCGUCUCAGCUGCAACCAUUUUUGAGCAGCUUAGACGGAGUGCUGUCUUAUAAGGUUUAUCCCGAGAAAUUUUCGAUUCCAAAUAUCACCUCGCAGUGGAUCACAAAGCACAGCAACGAUCCGUAUCAACUGGAGUACGAUUUUGAGAAAUUGGACGAGAUCAUGGCGACAAUCGACUUCCGCAAGGUGAAGGAGCGAAAACGUCGGUACAAUAGAUUGAUUAUUGAGGCUUACCUCAACAUGGUGAAGACAAGCGAUGGACCGAAGAUCGAGUUCACCAAACUCCUGCUCCAGAUAGGGUACUAUUCGCGGUUCCAGGACAGUACCUGUCUGACAUUGGAGGAUUUCGUCAAGAGGUACGUCCUGAUCCAGAAAAUCAACAAGGUGGCCAGGAAACUGAAGAUCGAGUCGACUAUCCAAAUGGUGUUGUCUCGGCUGAGGCUGUUGAUCGGAAAUUUGAACCAAAGCUGCAAUCCACCGCUGCAAAGAAUCAACCGGCGGGUCGCCACAGAGAUUUUUGACCAGGACGAUAUUUAUGGAACCCAUGGAGACGAUUACGACAAUCCGUUUAAUAAUAAUGAGCUAUACAGAAUGACCCCAUAGAGGAGCAUAUCAUGCCGCCGGUCAGCAGAGAAAGCGAGAGCCGUUUAUAGCUAAUCCACUUUCAUGUCCAAGAGUCCCAACUCUUCGUUCUGUUCACGAGUUCUCUCGAAUUCUUCCACCUUCAUGUUUGGAUCGUCGUCCGGUGCAUACACGUUUUGGAUAUACGAGGACGCCAAUGGGUCUUCCAUUAUCACUGUGAACUUCAUUUUUCCAGCAAGAGCGGUGUCGAGUCUCUCGAAGAACUUCUCCCAGUUGGCUCUGGAUUCGGGAGUCAUGGAGUCGGAAGUUUCUUGGAACACGCGGGAAUGCAGUUCGUCUCUGACUUGGCGCAAAAGACCUUCCAGAGUGGUGAAUCUUCCGCCAAGCGUUCCUGGAGUCAAAUCCAGGUUGAGCUCGGGGAUCUUCAGCCCACAGGUUUCAGACUUGAGAAUGUCUCUGGUGAGAUCUUCAGGGUCAUCACAGAAGAGCGUCACACGUUUUCCGUGGUCAGGCACGGCACCUCCCGUCUUAACCUCAUUAGAUUUAUAUCCGCAACGUUCGCAGGUGGUGGACAUAAUAAUCACGUCCUUGAAGUGAGGUAUAUUAACAACUUUCAUAUGAGUUUCGCACGGAGCGUAGCAAGAAGAGCAUGUAGCGUGGAACACCUGCACCUCAUUGGCAAAAUUCUCGAUAUCUGUCUCGUCGGACAUAAAUCCUGUAGCUCUGACUCUUUGAGGCUGUUGUUGCUGCUGUUCCUGCUCGUGGGCAGCAACUUCGUCCGCAGACACCAAACCCAGCAUCACGUUCUGCUGAGGCGUACGGUUGUACUCGACAACAGACCAUUUAUGCUGAGGCUCGCCCGGAACGUAUUCAAUCCAGGAGUUGCCAGACGGAUCAUCGAUCAGGAACGUCAAUGGCAAGCCGGUCUCUCCUUUGAGAACAGACCGUAUUUUGGCGAGGAAUUGCUCGAUUUUUUCGUAUAUUUCAGGCUGGACUUCUUUUCUUUGCGGCUGAUCCAUUUCGAGAUCCUCCACCAUCUCGGACAGAAGUCCUUCGACUGUAGUCAGCUGACCUCUUUUUGCCGGAAUUUCAAUGUCGAGCUCAAUGAACUUACAUGUGCAAUAGUCUGACUUGACCACCUGGCGGUUGAAGUCCUCUUUUUUCUCAAUCUUGAGCACGUACCUGCUACCUUUUUCGGCGAUGGUGGAAGCCGGCUGGAUCUCCGAGUUUUUGAAUCCGCAGUGAGGGCACUCGAAAGAGAUCACUACGAUCUCUCUGAAGUAUGGAAUCGAGGUGAGCAGCAGGCGUGAGACUCCCGUCUUGUGGCAAUUCAUACAAAGAGAAUCGAUUUCUUGGACAGGAUGGCCCUGGGCGUCCUCAGCACCAGUCAUUCUGAUGCCAUCGUUAUCGUUUUGAGGAACCGGUUCGUGAUCGACUUCCUCUGCGGCCUUUCCGACCGGCUGGAAGAAUUCUUCUUUCUUUGCUUGUUGGUCUUCUCCCAUAUGUAAUUUUGGUUUUUUUGAAUUGGUAGAAUCUGAAGACUCGUUCCGCUUCAUAAAAUUAUUAAAAUAAUUUUUUUAGUGAUCGGAAUUUUUUCCGGAGUAUUCCUGAUUGUUCUUAGAAGUCUCCUCAGCCGGACUCAAUGAAUCCUUCGUCCUGGAGACUUUUCACAAAAAAGUUGCGCACCUUGUCAUCCACAGCCACCUCCACAGGCAACUGGCCAUCCUUGUCGGCCACCCUGAAGUCUGCCCCUAGUUUCACUAACUUCAAUGCCAAGUCGCCAUGUCCUUCACUGAGUGCAUGGUGAAGUGCAGUGAACCCGUAAAUAUCCUGGGCAUUGAGCGGCGAGUUGGCCUUCUUGAUCAGUAGCUCGCAGAUCUUCUCCGCUCCUAUGGAUGCCGCACGGUGCAAAGGUAGCUGCGCCCGCUUAUCUUUUAUUCUGGCACUGGCCUUGCAUUCCGUAACCAGGUACUCCACCACAUCGUAGUGGCCCUUACUUACAGCGUAAAACAGCCCCGUUUGGCCGCUGCUGGUGGCCAGAUUGACAUCUGGAGCAGGAUCAUGUUGCGCCAGCAGCUUCACAAUUUCAAGGUUCCCCACGGAACAGGCAAUGUGAAACGGCGUCCAUCCACUUUCGUCCACCAUGUUGUCAAUAUCGAUCUCUAGCUGGUUUUUUGGAACAGCCAACAGUCGUCUGACGAUCUGUUCGUGCUGGAACGUACACGCCCAAUGAAGCGGUGUUCUGGAGUCCUCAUCGCUCUGAAGAACCAAGCGUGGAUUCUGGCUCAUUAUCCCGUCCAC